AUGGGCGCGGUGACCCUGCAGUUAGCGCCGGGAAACCCCACGCUGCAGCAGCGCCGGGGAGAGGAGCAUCGAUCUGUGUGUGUGAUGGCCACCAAGUUAACACAAGAGCAGAUUGCAGAGUAUAGAGGAGUUUUCGAGAUGUUCGAUGAGGAGGAGAACGGAGACGUGAAGAUGCAGGAGCUGGAGAGACGGAUGAGUUUAAUGGGGAUCCUUCCCACGAAGAGGGAGCUGUGUCAGAUGGCUAAAGACGUGGACAAGGAUGGUAAAGGGAUCUUUAACUGUGAAAGUUUUCUGGGUCUGAUGGCACUUGACCACCAAAUAACCCAGAACCAGGACGCUGGACUAAGAGCUGUUUUUAAAGUGUUUGAUGAAGAUGCUAAGGGGUAUAUUGACUGGAACACACUCAAAUAUGUACUGACAAACGCAGGGGAACCACUUAAUGAGAUCGAAGCAGAGCAGAUGAUGAAGGAAGGUGAUAAUGAUGGAGAUGGAGCCAUUGAUUAUGAAGAAUUUGUGGCCAUGAUGACCUGGGACCUGUUUAAAAUGAGGUGA